AAAUUCCCACAAGAAAAAAAAGGGUACUUUUUGGGGAUAUCAAGAAACUAAAAAAGAUAUUUGAGAUACACAAGAAAGAAAGAGAGGCCAAGAAUCCAAGCAUACACAGCUCAGUCCAAGAUUCCAAGAAUUGGCCAAAUGGCAGCAGCUUCUACUUCAAUGGCGGCUACUGCCGUCUUUGCCUCUCGUUUCCCACUUUCCUCCACCACCAAAGCCGCCCCAGCUCGCUGCUCCGCCUUGCCUUACCUUCCACCCCGCCUUUCUGCUACUGCCUUCCCAUCUUCUCUCAAAUUUGCUGUGCCCAAGAGGUCUUCGCUACUCCAGGUCAAAGCCUCUUCAUCAGAAGAAUCUGGAGCUGUUGAUACUAGUGAAUUGUUGACUGAUCUAAAAGAAAAGUGGGAUGCUCUUGACAACAAGUCUACAGUUAUAGUUUAUGGAGGUGGGGCAAUUGUUGCAGUUUGGCUGUCUUCAGUUGUUGUUGGUGCUAUCAACUCAGUUCCUUUGCUCCCAAAAAUCAUGGAGUUGGUAGGUCUUGGAUAUACUGGGUGGUUUGUCUACCGCUACCUUCUCUUCAAGUCAAGUAGAAAAGAAUUGGCUGAAGAUAUCGAGCAGUUGAAGAAGAAGAUUGCAGGAACUGAGUAAAUGCCAGCACCAAUUCUGUACAAUGAGGCAUAUGCUCGUCUGAAGUAGAGUAGAUUUUGAUGUAAUUUUCGUUUUAUCAGAGCAACAUCUUCAAAUAAAAUUCUGUAUUUACCUUACAGUUCAUUGUGCUUAUAAAUCAUAUAGUA